AUGAACACUGCUAUCCGUGCCGCUGCACCGGCACAAAUCCAAGCUCAAGCAAUUUGCAAGCAGGGCAAUUGUGUCACUGGAGCACAGACACCGCGCACGUUCCGUACGGUUCACUCCGGAAACGAGCAUGGCGACAGGAUGCAGAUGAGCGAUGUCCCCAGUAACGCCUUUCGUCCUACCACCAAUGCUGUAACCUGUACUAUGGAUACUCAGUUCCUUCGGCACCGAAUACGUCGCAAAGGUACUGAGCACAUUGGUGGCCAAGGCCCUACUCCAACCGUCAGCCGUACGGCAUCGGCCGCGGGCUUGAGCCGAUGGCGGCCCCGGUUCUCGAUCCACUGGGACAUGUCGGCGUCUAGGUUCUGCUGCCCACACCUGGUCCGCCCUCUGGACCUUUGUUGUGGUCAAAGUGCUGCCACAGCCGACAAAGAGGGCAUAGACGGCAUGCGAUCCCUCGACGACGGCCAGCCCACCAUCCAGAGGGCCACCGUUUGGCAGCAGAUUGAGCCCUCCUUGGACGCACUGGUCGAUGUAAGCCCAGGGAGCACAGGCGGCUCCAAUGAGUUCACAAGCAGGGUCGGGGAUAGAAAGGUUGAGGCCGACAAAGCACACGGCCAGCUCGUCCACGUCCUGGAUUUUAUUUUCGAAACAAUAUCGACAAGACCGGGCGCCGAGUGCAAGUCCCAGAAAAGCUGUUCGUGGGCGAAGCCAUGGCGAGCGGGAAAGCCAUCGUGGCUAAAAAAGGAAGUUGGUCGGGCUUGUUCGUGUUGUGGUUGCCGUGGUCAAAGCCCCAUAUCACAGCACUCCAGCGACGAGGCUGCCCUGGUCGGUGUAGUGCUGGAUUUCUUCGGGAGGCAGGUAAAAUGCUCCAGCCGUUUUUUUUGUCUUGAGGUUUAA